GCCGGCGGGGCGGGGCGGCCGGUGCCCCGGGGCGGGCGGGCGGCCGGACGGCUGCGGGAGCCCGAGCCGAAGCCGGAGCCGAGGCGGCCGUGGAGUACGGGCGCCGGCGCACUACAAUGAGGCAGCCAGUGGAUCCAGGAGCCUGAGCCCUUGUGAAGCCGGCAAUGACAAGUCUGAAUGGUCGCCAUGCCGAGAAAACCAUUGAUAUGCCAAAACCAUCCGCCCCCAGAGUGCACGUGCAGAGAUCCGUGUCCCGAGACACUAUCGCCAUUCACUUCUCGGCAUCCGGGGAGGAGGAGGAGGAAGAGGAGGAGGAGUUCAGGGAGUACCUCGGGGAGGGGCUGGACGACCAAAGCGUUGUGACGGGACUCGAAGCCAAGGAAGACCUCUACCUGGAACCCCGGGGUGGCCAUGACCCCAUCCUGGCAGAGGCACUGUCCGUGCCCUCUGCCGUUUUGCCCGUCUCCGUGCACACUGUCAAGCUGUUGGAGCCCCCUCCUCCUGCAGCACAGGUAUUAAGUACAGUGCCAUUGGCUCUGUCCCCGGGGUCGUCUUCGUCGGGGCCCUUCGCUAGCUCUCCCAGCGUGUCGUCCCUUUCUGAGCAGAAAACCAGUUCCUCCUCCCCGCUGUCCUCGCCUUCCAAGUCUCCUGUCCUCUCGGCCAGUGCCUCUUCCUCCACCCUCUCCAGCGCGAAACCCUUCAUGAGCCUGGUGAAGUCCCUGUCGACCGAGGUGGAGCCAAAAGAAUCCACGCACCCCCCGAGGCACAGGCACUUGAUGAAAACGCUGGUCAAGUCUCUGUCCACCGACACCUCCAGGCAGGAGUCCGACACCGUGUCCUACAAGCCGCCCGACUCCAAGCUGAAUCUACACCUGUUCAAGCAGUUCACGCAGCCCCGAAACACAGGUGGAGACUCCAAAACCGCCCCCUCUUCCCCUCUGACUUCGCCUUCGGAUACGCGCUCCUUUUUUAAAGUGCCCGAAAUGGAGGCGAAAAUCGAAGACACUAAACGACGCCUUUCAGAAGUCAUAUAUGAUCCUUUUCAGCUUUUUAGUAAAAUUAUAGGGGAAGAAAGUGGCAGCCAUAGGCCCAAAGCCUUAUCUUCAAGUGCUUCAGAACUCUCCAACCUGUCCAGCCUGAAUGGUCACUUGGAAAGCAAUAACAACUACAGCAUCAAGGAGGAGGAGUGUGACUCCGAGGGGGAGGGCUUGGGAAGCGACCCCGGCGUCCCCAGGGACCACCCCCCGCCCACCGAGGAGCCCUCCAGGGAGGCGGAGCCCAGGAGUUCCCAGGGGAGCAGUCUGAAGGAUUUAGGCCUGAAGACCAGUUCUCUGGUUCUUGAGAAAUGCUCUCUGUCUGCCUUAGUGAGCAAAGAAGACGAAGAGUUUUGUGAACUGUACACUGAGGACUUCGAUUUGGAAACAGAGGGGGAGAGUAAGGUUGAGAAGCUCCCAGAAGUCCCUCUCAAGCCAGAGGUGCUGGCGGCCGAGGGCCCCGCUCUCGACAGUGACCACGAGGUGGACUCGGCCAGGCAGCACCCGGAAUUACCGGUGAAGACGCUGGGCAUCUUCGUCUUGUGCGUCUAUGGGUACCUCAUUCUCCCCCUCCCCCACUAUGUGAGCGGACUCUUUUUGGGCAUUGGCCUUGGCUUCAUGACUGCAGUGUGCGUGAUUUGGUUUUUUACACCACCAAGUGCUCAUAAAUAUCACAGAUUGCAUAAAAAUCUCCAGCACUGGAACCCAAGGUCUCUGGAUAUCAAAGAACCUGAGAUGCUAAAGGGGUGGAUGAAUGAGAUUUACAACUAUGAUCCAGAAACUUACCAUGCCACGUUGACACAUUCGGUCUUUGUUCGACUUGAAGGUGGGACCUUAAGACUUUCAAAGCCCAAUAAAAAUAUAUCCAGGAGGGCAAGCUAUAAUGAAACAAAGCCAGAGGUCACCUACAUCAGCCAGAAAAUCUACGACCUCUCAGACAGCAAGGUUUAUCUUGUGCCUAAAAGUUUGGCUCGAAAACGAAUCUGGAAUAAAAAGUACCCCAUUUGUAUCGAGCUUGGUCGACAAGAUGACUUUAUGUCUAAGGCCCAGCCCGAUAAAGAGACUUCUGAAGAAAAGCCACCAGCCGAGAGAGAGCUGGGAGGCGAGGACCCUAAGAAGCCACCCCACCCUCAGGAGAGAACAAGAUCUGGCCAGCGAGAUCAGAUCCUCUAUCUCUUUGGGAGAACUGGCCGAGAAAAAGAGGAGUGGUUUCAGAGAUUUAUUCUGGCAUCUAAGCUGAAGUCAGACAUCAAGAAACCACCUGGCGUCUCUGGAAGCAAACCAGGAGUUUUGCCCUCACACAGCAGACACAGCAGCCCCUCGGGGCACCUGACCCACAGCCGCAGCAGCAGCAAAGGCAGCGUGGAUGAGAUCAUGUCCCAGCCGAAGCAGAAGGAGCUGGUGGGCAGCGUGCGGCAGAAGAUGCUUCUGGACUACAGUGUGUACAUGGCCAGGUGUGUCCCCCAAGAAAGCCAGCCCCAAAGGAGCCCCGUGGAGAGUGCGGAGAGCAGCCCCACAGCUGGGAAGAAGUUGCCAGAGGCUCCACCAUCUGAGGAGGAAGAACAGGAGGCCUGGGUGAAUGCCUUGCUUGGAAGAAUGUUUUGGGACUUUUUAGGAGAAAAGUACUGGUCUGAUCUGGUGUCUAAGAAAAUCCAAAUGAAGCUCAGCAAAAUAAAGCUCCCCUACUUUAUGAAUGAGCUGACCCUGACGGAACUCGACAUGGGGGUAGCUAUGCCAAAAAUCCUUCAGGCCUUCAAGCCUUACGUUGAUCACCAAGGACUCUGGAUCGAUUUGGAAAUGUCCUACAAUGGGUCCUUUCUGAUGACUCUUGAGACCAAAAUGAAUUUGACCAAACUAGGUAAAGAGCCUCUUGUUGAAGCCCUGAAGGUUGGAGAAAUUGGCAAAGAAGGUUGCAGGCCCAGGGCGUUCUGUCUGGCCGACAGCGACGAGGAGUCCUCCAGUGCUGGCUCCUCUGACGAAGACGACGCACCAGAGCCCAGCGGGGACAAGCCGCUUCUCCCAGGGGCGGAAGGGUAUGUGGGAGGUCAUCGAACAAGUAAAAUUAUGAGGCUUGUUGAUAAAAUUACCAAGUCAAAAUAUUUCCAAAAAGCAACGGAGACAGAGUUCAUUAAAAAGAAGAUGGAAGAGGUCUCCAACACGCCCCUGCUGCUGACGGUGGAAGUGCAGGAGUGCAGAGGAACCUUGGCCGUCAACAUCCCACCUCCCGCAACUGACCGGAUAUGGUAUGGUUUCCGGAAGCCACCAUAUAUAGAGCUGAAAGCUCGGCCAAAACUUGGAGAGAGAGAAGUGACUUUAGUCCAUGUGACAGACUGGAUAGAGAAGAAACUGGAGCAGGAGUUUCAGAAAGUUUUUGUCAUGCCAAACAUGGAUGAUGUUUAUAUCCCUAUCAUGCACUCAGCCAUGGAUCCUCGCUCCACUUCUAGCCUCCUCAAAGACCCACCUGUGGAGGCCGCCGAUCAGCUGUGACAGGUGCAGACCUGGUGUUCCCAGUAUUAUGAGAUCUAGGCUCGAGGUGUGGGGUUCUUGGCUGCCAUCCAGACUGUAGCACUGGCCUUUCCUUGUGCCAGAGCUUCUGCCCUCCACCCACCGGUGCCCACCCCACUGUGAGGGUCCAUGUUGUCUGCUGCCAAGGCUUUGACUCAGCAAAGGAAGCUGGAAGAAUCAUUGUGGUGGAUCCAGAGACUACAGGUGACGCACACCAUGGCUGUUCUGAGCCUUCCAGGUUUUGUGGCAGCAAAAGGCACUUUUAAGAGCGAAGCCGCACAACUGGAAGGCCUCCCCUUGCCUUCCAGAUGCCUCCAAAGCUUUUCCUCAGGCAGCCAGUGCAGUGGAGCGUCUCACUUGGUUUGUGUGAUACAGCCCUCACACUCUGAGAACGGCAGUGCGGUCACAUGCGUGGAGGUGGGGGAGCAGCAUUGUGUGCAGUUUCUUUGGUGAUAGAGAAGUAUGGCAACUUACUGUGUGUUUGGGAAGCAAGCAGCCAUGGCACAUACUCAGCACAGCUGUGGUGGGAACGGCAGGUUUAUGUGAACAUUAGGCAAAGCCAUGGAUCAAGCCAUCCCAUGCCUUUUACCAACAAGGUACAAUCACAUGGUUGCUAACUAAUUCCAAGUAUUUUCCUGAGACAGGAGCAUGUGAGAAUAUCAAACUUUACGACUGGAUUGGGGUGGGGCCAGAAAGCCAGAGCUCUGGGAAGCUUUAUGUAGGCAUCUUAAAUGCUUUGUUAACCUAAUUGGUUGGGGAUGUUUUCUGGUGGCCAAGACAGAGAGCUGCUCUCAUCUUGAGUCAAGACCAAAAUUUGCUCAACAUCAAAAACUAGAGAUCUCAACAUUAAUGUGACAUUCAUUUAUUUAACGUUGCCAACUUUUAUUUUGUGCAUUUGUGUCAGAACGUUUAGUUUACAAGUUUCAAGGCUCUCGCAAAUUGUAUAAUUUGCUUUGAGAAGUACAUUUAAAACAAUUUUUUGUUUAAAGCUGCAUUCAGCAUUAAACUUGGGUAACUUUUGACAACUUACAUCUGUGGACAGAGCUCAUUAGUGGUUUUUUAAACAGCACCUUGCCUGAACAUGACUUUAAAGAAAUUAAUAUAUUGAAAAGAUAUAUAUUUGAACCCUUAUUUGAUUACUUUAAUUGCACCAUUAAAACAUUUGACUUAAAUUAUUGGAUCAUUCCAGUUGGUGUACUGUUCUAAUUUCUCACUGUGUAGGCUACUGUCAGUCCGCAUGUCUUGUUCACUGAUCUUCUAUAAUUUUUUUGUGCAAUAAAGGCAAAGGACUAGAUGCACUACUGUGAGAGAUUACACACGACUGUACCCUGUUGCACUUAAUCAAAUAGUUAUGUGGAGAUUUAUAAUCGCUUGCAUUGUUUCACAAAAUAAAUAUUUCAUGUCAAAUACUAGAUAA